CAAAUUACAAGUGUUUACCAUUGAACACAAGGUAAAUUGUUCUUUGAAUAAAAAAAAACAAGCUAAAUUGUUCUUCACUGUUUUCCAAUUUCAAUCUGAAAAAUGGCGUCUUCCCCAAUUUGAGGAUGGGAGGAUCAUAUAAAAAACUUAAGAAGUAAGGGGUUCGACAAAAUUCAAUUUUUUUUCUUCCAGAAAUCGAAUUCCAGACUCAAUUGCUAGGUACAGGCUAUCAUUCAGUGUCCUGAUGACUUGUGAAAAUGAAGACGCCUCAGGACGUGGAGGGGAGUUGAUGGAAGUUGAUAUUGCUGAUGCUAGCAAUGGGUGUAUGACUGAGAUAAGGGAAAACGGUUUGCUUCUUUGGCCGGUAUUACCUCAGGAAAGUGGAGAAGGCCUACCAUAUGCGCCUGUAAAUUGGCCAAAACCUGGUGAUAUAUGGGGAUGGAGGGUUGGAAAAAGAGUUGCUGCGUCCGGAUACUAUCUUGACAGAUACUUGUAUCUUCCUUUAAGUUACCAGAGAUCUAGGCGCAAGAGGGAUGGUUUUGCAAGCAAGCUUUCGGUUGAACAGUAUGUUCGAGCAAGGUUCCCGGGCACUAAUGUCUAUGCUUUCUUUUCGUCUUUUAGUUGGAAGAUCCCUUCAAAGCAGGCAUAUCUGUUGAAAGAUGAACAUGGUUCUUUCCGCAUAUCAUCUGAAGAGAUGGCAGCACAGUCUCCCCCAUAUAUGCUUCCUGGUGGUUUGGGUUGUAAGGCCGGUAACCAUUUUUGCGCCAGUCUCUUGGAAGAUCAGAUGUCUCCUUCAGCUACCCUAUCUUGUGAUAUUUGCUGCAGCGAACCUAGCUUCUGUAGAGAGUGUUGCUGUAUACUAUGUUGUAAAACCAUAGAUUUAGGCCUUGGUGGCUAUAGUUUUAUCAGAUGUGAGGCAACAGUUCAUGAUGAUUUAAUUUGUGGACAUGCGGCUCAUAUUAAUUGUGCUCUCAGAUCAUAUAUGGCUGGGACUGUCGGAGGAAGUGUUGGGUUAGAUACUGAAUACUAUUGUCGACGUUGUGAUACACGGACUGAUUUGACUAAGCAUGUCACAAGACUUUUGAAGACAUGUGAAUCUAUUGAAUCUGUGGAUGAGAUAGAUAAGAUGCUAAGUGUUGGUGCCUGCAUUUUGCGAGGGUCACAAAAGAAAUAUUCACAAAAACUGCUGAAUCGUAUUGAGUCCAUUUUGCACAAGCUUAAAUUUGGGAACGAUGUGAAAGAUGUCUGGAAAGUGGAAGUGGAGAUUCUACCUGUUCCUACACCCACACCCACAGGACAACUAGAUUAUGCUAAUUCUGCAUGCACGGACGUGGGUGAAGACGACCUUUUAUAUCAAAAUGGAUAUCUGAAAUUGGAGGAGGAAAUUAAUCAAGUUCUUCAGGAGCUUAAGAGUUCACAAGAGUAUGAAUUUAGUAUCGCGCAUGAUAAGCUUCAUGCACAAAAAGAUAAUCUAUUUAGCCUUUAUCAACAGGUGUACAAGGAUAAGUUAGAACUGUUACGACCUUCACCAUCAAAGGAUCGGGAUGCGUUGCUCAGAUCCAUUGCAGCUAGAGAAGAAUAUAUAAAACAUGAGCUGAGUAAACUCAGAGAUAUGGAGAAGGUGGCCAACGGAUUUGGAAAGACUCCCAAAAAACUCCUAAAAGAACACUUCGAUCUCGAUCUCAAAGACUGACAUUUGCGUCAACUCUUUGGCAUCUCUGGUUUUCGAUCUGUUCUUCAAUCUCCAGGAAGAAGGUAGGAUAUAUUCCACCAAUGAGUUCCUACUCGAAGGACUUUGUUCAUAUCGCUGUUGAAAACGGACAUCAAAUCUGGCCUUGGAAUCUACCCCUCUUCGGUUUUACCCUUGUUUCAAAUCUGUGUAACUACAUGUACUAUUGUGUUUGUUUCUUGAUUCUUUCUUUUUAUCGUUACUACUCCUUCCCUCUUUGGAAAAGAUUAGCCACUUCUGUUGUCAAAUGACAUACAUUAAUGAAUGAGUCAUAUUUACAGUGGACAAUUCUUAAGAGGGAUGGAGUAUUUGCUAGCAAAGUAUAAGAUCUUGAGCAUUUGAGUAGAGAGAAAUCUAGGAUGUUGUAAGAUUUUCAGUUUAAACUUUUCUUUUAUUAUAGGAAAUUUGUCGACUAUUA